GGCGGACAAAUACGGUUCAGGACAGAAGAUGCUUGUAUUGCGGAAGUUUGUUCCAGUAUUAUUUACACCAUGCUGUUUCUGCUUGUAAGCUCUGCAAAUGUUUAGAUAUCUUUCUUGAAGACUGGGGAAUUACACCUUUUUUUGCCUUCGUUCAUGUAAUAGGUUAAAGAAUGGCAUGCACUUAUCUGAACCGUAUCUUUUCUCGCCGAUUUGCUUCAGCUUCACUAGCAUCUCGACUUUCUAGUGCAGAAAUUCUUCAGAUGCGCAAUGAGCUUUUCAAUAAGGAGAAGAGUCGACAGCAAUCUUUAUUUCCUCGUAUUGAGAAGAUUGAAGUCAAGCAUGUUGGCACAUCAGAUCCUGGUGCUUUAUUUAUCAUGAACAAGGGAUUAUCCACACCUUAUAAUUGUGCUAUGCAUCUGAGUGAAUGGUACUGUACGCAAUCUGUGCUAGCUCUAGUUGAUGGAGAGAUCUGGGAUAUGUAUAAACCUCUGACAAAGUCUUGUGAGAUCCGGUUCCUUACCUUUAAGGAUGCAAACCCAGAGGAAGUAAACCAGGCAUACUGGCGUUCAUGUGCUAUGCUUCUAGGAUAUGUAUUAGAGACAGCUUUCAAAGAUGAAUACACAAUUGAUCUGCACAGAAUUGUAGAAGUACCAGUUAUAGCUGGAGCUUUCUGCUAUGAUGUAGCUCUGGACAAGAGGCUUGAUGAAUGGAAGCCAUCAGUGGAAAAUCUUCACUCUCUCACAAAAGAAGCUCACAGUCUUAUUCAUAAAGAUUUGCCCUUUGAACCAUUGGAAGUGGAUGCAAGCUUGGCUUUAGAAAUGUUUCAGCACUGCAGGUACAAACAGAUUGCUAUAGAAGAGAGUGCAUCCCAGAAUCCUAACAGAAACAUAACAUUAUACAGGUGUGGUGAUUUUGUAGAUGUCAGUGAAGGCCCUCAUAUACCUAGAACCAGCUUCUGCUUUCAGUAUGAAAUCACAGCAGCUCAUAACCUUGAUACAAACCAGUAUGGACUUGUCCGCAGAUUUCAAGGACUCUCGGUUCCUGUUCACUUACAGACCCACCAUUCCAUAUGGAGAAGAUUAAGAAUACGGUCUCAGAAACUGGCCUUCCUGGAUGGCAAAAGUGUCUUCUGGAGACUGUAUGAUUGCACCAGGUUUGCAGUCAUCAGCAAACAUGUUCAGCCAUAAACUUCUUAACAUUAACUUUGACCUCUGAGAAGUAAAUGC